AUGGAGAGGAUGAUGCGACAAAUUUCUACAGUGAUUGUUCCAUCGUAUGAAGGAAAUAUGGAGCAUGCAAAUGCUAUGUUCCAAAAUCAUCAAAGACCAAGUGGGAAGCAAGUUAAGCAACCGGUAACAUCACCGGAAACUCAUGGAAUUGUUUUGGAGCAAGAAGAGGACGAAACAGCCCCUAACAAGGCUGAUUUGGUAACAAAUACUCAUUUUAAACCUCUUGUUUCUAAUAAUGUCACUCCACCUUUUGCUAGUAAGUUUGCAAAGUCAAAUAAGGAGACGUUAUACAAAAAGAUCUAUGAGAUAUUCAAGAAGAUCCAAGUGAAAAUACCAUUCCUUGAGGCGAUAAAGCAAGUUCCCCGCUAUGCAAAGUUUUUAAAGGAGUUGUGCACUAACAAGCACAAAUUGACCGGUAAUGAAGUAAUGAGUGUGGGGGAAAACGCUACGGCGUAUCUUUUAAAGAAACUCCCACCUAAAUUAAAAGAUCCCAGUAGUUUCACUGUACCUUGCACAAUUGGUAAGACAAGUUUUACAAAAGCUUUGAUAGAUUUAGGUGCAUCCAUUAAUGUUAUGCCUUCUUCAAUUUAUGAAUCCUUAAAUCUUGGUCCUCUCAAAAGUACCGACGUAGUUAUAGAACUUGCCGAUAGAUCUAAUGUUUAUCCGAAAGGGGUUGUUGAGGAUGUUUUGGUGCAGGUUAAUGAGCUUAUAUUUCCGGCGGACUUCUAUGUUCUUGAUAUGAAUAAUGGAAAUUAUCCUCGUCUACACCUUUGUUGUUGGGUAAACCGUUUAUGA